AAAACAAACUACCGAGAGAAGAAGAAGAAAGAAGAAUGAAGCUGUAUGCUACAUAUUUUAACAUCCUCUCUCAUCUCUGAUUUCACGUUUAUCGUUAUUAGGAAAAUGUAACUGAAACUAAAUUAAAUUUUGCAUUUGGAUGGCUUAUAUAAAGACAGCAGACGGUCAGAAAAAAAACGUUGUUAACUCUUCCGAUUCGUGUUUUUACUGGUGAAUUUGUGAUCUCAGCUGAGCUAGCUCUCAGGUUAGCUCCUCUGUUUUUCGUCAACGUUUGACAGAAAAUCAGCCGUGGUUUUGCUUCACAUCUCACCUUCAGCUAUUGUUGUGAAAAUCCCCAGAGAUGGGAAGCCUGGGCAGCAGGUUCCAGUCCCCGUCUCAGGGAGCAGAAGAAGCAGCGCAGGGUACGAGCAGCAGUCGCAGGCACAGCUGCGAGUGUAAAAAGAGGAAACGAAACGCUCAGUGCGACUGCGAAAGCGAACAAGAGGAGGAAGACGACAUACUGGAAACACCCCGCAGGAAGAAGUUAAAAAGCACCUCAAAAUACAUUUACCAGACAUUAUUUCUUAACGGGGAAAACAGUGACAUUCGCAUCUGUGCUCUGGGGCAGGAGUGGAACCUCCACAAAGUUUAUCUGUGUCAGUCGGGGUAUUUCUCUAGCAUGUUCAGCGGAUCUUGGAAGGAGUCCCACAUGAUGGAAAUCAAUUUAGAGAUCCCGGACCAGAACAUUGAUGCUGAAGCUCUUCAGGUCGUGUUCGGGUCUCUGUAUCGUGACGAUGUUCUGAUCAAACCCAGCAGGGUCAUCAGUAUUCUUGCGGCUGCUUGUAUGCUGCAGCUGGGCUGACGUGAUGCAGCAGCUCGUCCAGUCCUCAGACCUGUUCGUCAUGCAGGUGGAGAUGGACGUUUACACCGCACUGAAGAAGUGGAUGUUCCUGCAGCUCAACCCGUUGUGGGACGGCCCGAUUAAGCAGCUCCUGGCCGACGCUGACGCCUGGCUUUGCAAGCGCAGGGCGGAUCUGUGUGAGAAGGAGCCGUUCUUAAACACAGAGGAGGGAGCACCGUUUCACUCUGUGUUCAAGCUUGUGCGUCUUCAGUAUAUCAUCAACGAUCUGGCGUCUGCGCGCAUCCUGGAGAGAGACAAUAUUUUACCUCCUGACUGGCUGACAACCAUCUACAAGAACCAGUGGUUUGCCAUGCUGCGCACAGAAUUUGACAAUGAUAACGGUCCUCAGGAACCCAACAAAGAGGAGUUUGAGUUGAACAGCAUGAGAUGUGGCAGGAAACUGAGUAAAGACGGAGACUACUGCUGGCGGUGGACGGGCUUCAACUUUGGGUUUGACCUGCUGGUGACUUACACAAACCGCUUCAUAGUCUUUAAAAGGAACACUCUCAGUCAGCCCUGUGGGGGCGCCGUGAGUCUGCAACCUCGGAGACAUCUUGCAUACAGGUUACGUCUGGCCUCCUUUGAUAGUCGAGGGAAGCUGGUCUGCAGUCGCUCCACAGGUUACCAGCUGCUCACCUUGGAGAAGGACCAGGAGUACGUAGUGAUGAACCUGGACAGCCGCUUGUUAUCAUUCCCGCUUUACGUGUGCUGUAACUUCCUGUACACGUCGCCUCCCUCAGACCACCGUCCAGACUCCUCUGAACAGGACAGCACGGCUCGCGUCGUGUCCUGAUGUCCUCUCCACGAACCAUUAACUGAUGUCCGCUUAAAUUUACAGUCCCAUCCCGUGUUCAGCUUCACUUCGGACACGUCACCUGCACACUAUUUUGUGAGAUGAUCAGGGAAAUGUCUUUUUUUUUUUUUACAUCAGUUGUAGCUCGUUCUGAGUUUGCUUUUUAUAUACCUGGUUUAUCUAAAACAGACACAAAACCGUGUUCAGGAAGGAUCAGACCAACUCGUACUCGUUUUUUUUUCUGUCUGCAUGGAGCUGCUGGACCUCGCUUUGUGAUAAAAACCCUCCAGGUCUUCUGCAGGUUGAAACUUUGGAGCUACUUGAUAUGAAGGUCCGGUGAGUCAAAGUCUUAUUUAGACAUCUGUUUUUCUUUAAGGUCACAAAACAACUCUGGAUGGGAUUUUUUUUAAAUAUGUACAGUUUUGGCACCAUAGCAUCGUCAAAUUUCAGUUUGAAGAUUUCAUGUUUUACCAGCAUCAAUUGUGGUUUGUCAUUGUAGAAAAUAAGCCAUGUGUCAUUAACCUGUCACUGACAAAAACAGUUGAGUAAAACCAAAGUGGGACAAAGAGUGACAGACGCAGUAGUUUGUGUUUUAUCACGUCACAGGUCAUAUUUCUAGUUCUACAACAAAACAGUAUCUGGCAGGAUUUCCUCUCCUUCACCUUGUACAUACUGUAUAUUUACAGACUUGUUUAAAAAAAAACAAUGUGAUGAAAAUGACACCAGCAUCAGGAAGUCCGAAUGUCUCAGGACUCAUUUUUCUUGUGACACGAGGCUGCAGGACAUUCUGCUCUUUACGUCUGUUUGAACUUUGUGAUGUUCUGCAGUUUUGUUCCAAGUCAAAGAUGCUGAAACUCUUCAGAUUUCCUCAGUUUUUCCUCACUGUCGCCGGUGUUCAAACCCUGAUUCUUGUUUUGUUGUUUUGCAGCUGAGUUGAACGUAUUGUUCCCUCACAGGAGCAAAAUCUUACAUCUUAAUUCACCUAAACAUAAAGUAGCUUCACAGUUAUCUUUGUUUACUUUUAUUGUAAUUAUUUGUUCAAGAUUUGUUUGGCUUCUUUUGUUUUUUAUUUUUUUUUAAACCUUGUUUUGGAAAGCGGGGGAUCCUCAUUCGCAACUCUUGGUGAUCUCAGUAUUAUCUGUACAGCUGCAACAGUUCAGUUUAACUUGUUUUUAUUUAGCUGUUAUUUAUUUUAUUUCUAUUUUUUGUUACAUUUACUGUAUUUUAUGGAUCUGAUUUCUUUGCAAAAUAAAUAUGUUAUUCUGUACAGCUAAUAAAACCGCCCUUCCACACGGGCUGGGGUGCUAUCACAUGAAGGUUUUUAUUACAGUUGUGUAUUUAUGCUCUCUUUUUAAGAUAUUUGAUAAAUAUGUAGACAUUACUACUUAUUUCAAGUUUGAAAACGUUUUGCCCAUGUUUGAACUGGUUUAAAUAAUCACAACCUUCGCUCCAGUCACUUUCAACAAAAGUCUGAAGCUCAAUGUUAACUUUAAAUCGUUUACUUCUUUUUAAAUUUAGAAGAAAAAAAACAUUCGCUGCCAAAAGGUGAAGUUGGACAAUUUUCUUUUGCCCGUCUGUUACCAGAAUAUCAUUUAAACCACUGGAUAGAUUCUAAUAAAAUUAGCAGAAAUUAA